UUUCCGCCUUUUUAUUCCCCCCUCAAACCACGCCCUGACCGCCACCGCGUCCACCGCCAUUCUCAGCAAUUUUCUGUUCAAAAUCGAACACACUUCAAUUCCAAGUAGCUACCUGCGUCAAUGGUGGAUGAAGUGGUAGUCGUCUACGUCGACAGGAUAAUGCCGUCCUCCGCCUCUUGCCAAGACACGCCGACGACGACGACGGACAACUGCAGCGGCAGGGAUCAUCAGAAAGGGGGAGAAGUCGAAGAUGAAGACAAAGCCGGCGCCGGGGGCUUGAAUGUGAGAGAGUGCAGAAUUUUCCAGGAGGAGGAUGACGAGAAAGACAUGGAUGCUCCCUGUGCUUGUAGCGGCUCUCUCAAGGAACAUGAACAUGUUUCCAAACAUUAGGCCUUCUCCAAUUCCAUGCCAAAUUCUAAUGUGGGAGUUUGCCCACAGGAAGUGUAUUCAGAGAUGGUGCAAUAAAAAGGGCGACACCACCUGUGAAAUCUGCAAUCAGGUAUUUUCUCCAAAUUAUACCUGUCCACCGCCGCCACCACAACCCCGAAGCAAUUCCGAUGUUAUGACCAUUGACAUCAGGAGGAUCAAUCGAUGCGGAGCCCUACAAAAUGAUAAGCAAUCUUAAGGACUCAAGAAGGGCAGUACAUGGAGAAUUAAAGAAUCAGAAAUGACUCACCUGCUAUUGCAUCGAUCGAGAUCGAG